UUUCCAAAUCUGCUUCAAAGUCCCUCCUAUUCACACACUUCAUAUACAUCUUCUCAGUUCCUCCUUCCAUCCUCAAAUCCAUACAUCUCUCCCUCUCUCUCUCUCUCUCUUUCUCCCUUUCUCUAUCUACUCCAUCAAUGGCGGUUCUAGAUUCAAAGCCUCAAGAAAACAACAAAGAGAAUGUCUCACCCUCAGAGAUGGUCACGAUUGCUGUCAAAUCUCUGGAUUCCUCAUCCAUUGAUAAAGGCAAAACCCAAAUCAGAAUAAGAAGAAAAAAAUCUAGGAAGCCUCUUCAAGACAUCACCAACCUCUUUGUCUCGUCAUCACCAUUGUCCUCUUCGUUUCUGAUCCGUCACAUUCCCUCUUCUUCAUCUCUAUCACUUGAUCCCAAAUGCAUGAAGAGAAGAUCUUGUGUUUCCCUCAAGCCUGCUACUUCUUCAACCUUCUCUUGUAGAAAUUUCAGAUGAUUUUUAUAUUUUGGAAAAUGUUGUUUCCAUUUUCGAAUUUUGUAUCCCUUUUAAUUUUAUUUUAAUUAUGGGUAUAUAUCAAUACCUUGCCAU